GACCACUAUUUCUUUCUUUUCCCAGUAUCCGUCGUUGGAGAACUGUCAUUGAUUUUAAAUCAAUUCAAAACAAAUAAAAGCUAAUCAACAUGGUUGCCGUCAAGAAGACUAAAAAGGCUUUGGAUUCCAUCAAUUCCAAAUUGGCUUUGGUGAUGAAAUCUGGCAAAUUCUGCUUGGGUUACAAACAAACCUUGAAGACUUUGCGUCAAGGCAAAGCCAAAUUGGUGCUCAUUGCCACCAACACUCCUGCCUUGAGAAAAUCUGAAAUUGAAUACUACGCCAUGUUGGCCAAGACUGAAGUUCAACACUACAGUGGUACCAAUAUUGAUUUGGGUACCGCCUGCGGUAAAUACUUCCGUGUGUGCACCAUGUCCAUCACCGAUCCUGGAGAUUCCGAUAUUAUCCGUACUGUCGGUGAAAACUAAUUUGUAGACUAAUAUUUUAUUAAA